AUGACAUUCCUGGAAGACAGAGACUUGGAGGAUGUCCCCACUAUACCCGAAUAUUACAAGGGCAAGACUAUUUUCAUUACCGGUGGCACAGGCUUCAUGGGGCAAGCUCUUCUAGAAAAACUAUUGUACUCAUGCACAGAUUUGGAUAGGAUAUAUCUGUUGAUAAGACCUAAGAAGGGAGUUGAGCCCAAAGAUAGACUAGCUCAGUUAUUUGCUACCAAAUGUUUUGACCGUGUCCGCAAAGAAAGACCUGGUGCUUUCGAAUCCAAAGUAUUCUUCAUAGCUGGAGACACCAGUGAAAUAGGACUAGGUUUGUCUGAGGAAGAUAGAGUAAUGCUGGUAAAUCAAACAAAUAUUGUUUUCAACGCUGCUGCCAGCGUGAGAUUUGAUGAUCCACUUAAAGUAGCUGUAAAACUGAACCUCUCGAGCACCAUACAAAUGAUCGAAUUAGCUAAACAUAUGAAAAAUUUAGAAUGUUUCGUCCACGUAUCGACCUCGUACUGCAAUAGCAACCGUGAUCCCGUAGAGGAGAUAAUAUACCUCCCUCAUAGUAACUGGAGGGAGACGCUGGAGAUUUGUGAGACUAUGGAUGACCAUACUUUGAGCGUCCUGACACCCAAAUAUAUAGGUGAGAUGCCUAACACGUACGUGUUCGUUAAACAAUUGGCAGAAAACGUGGUUUAUGAAUAUAAAGGAAAACUGCCAUUGGUCAUCAUGAGGCCCUCUGUUGUUAUAUCAAGUUACCGUGAACCAAUGCCUGGAUGGAUUGAAAAUUUUAACGGACCGAUGGGGCUUAUCAUAGCAAGUGGAAAAGGAAUACUUCGUACUCUGUACGGCGAUCCUGAUAUAACUGGAGACUUCAUUCCAGUGGACCUGGCAAUAAAAGGUUUUAUAGCAGCGUCUUGGAUCAGAGGAACAAAAAAACUCGAACCAACCGAUGAUAUUCCAAUUUACAAUACAUGUAACGGCUCAAUGGCGUUUGUAAUACAUUCGAAGAACAUUUUAAGUUAUGGCCAUAAGACUAUAGAGUCUUUUCCAUUGAAUGACAUGGUUUGGAGUGCAGGGGGAACCAUUUCUGGUAAUAAAUAUAUUUAUUUUAUAAGGGUACUUUUGUUACACGUCCUACCCGCAAUUUUACUUGAUUCAUUGUUAUGGAUAUUUGGGAAAAAAACAAUGGUGCUUAAAAUCCAACGCCGGAUUUACAACGCUAACUGUGCUAUCGCAUACUAUCUCACUCAGCAAUGGACAUUCUCCAACAAAAACUACUUGUCGCUUCGGUCAAAGAUAAAGGCAGAAGACUUCAAACACUUUUACUAUGUGAUGGAAAAUGUUGACAUUUUAAAUGAUUAUAUUAAAAACUGUGUCAUUGGGGCCAGGCGAUAUUUAUUGAAAGAAGAGGAUGACACUCUACCUAAAGCCAGAGUUCACUAUCGAAGAAUUAAUAUAUUGGCGAAUCUGGUUAAAUACGUGUUCUACGGCUGUACGAUUCUGUGGAUAGUACGCACUGAUUUCGUACGCAAUCUUUAUGAUAACACGACUAAUUGAAAUUUGAAGGUCGUUUGAAAUUUAAUGGAGUGGAGAAAUAUUGGUUCCAAUUCUGUUGUUCACAAAUCUCUAGCCUAAACUGGUAGGU